AUGACGGAAGCGGCGACAAACAAAUGUAGUUGCGGACAGUCUUUCAAGGAGGCUGCCCCUUGGUCAAACGCAAACUGUUUCGUUGUGGUUACUGGCGCCAGUCGGGGUUUUGGUCGCGCAUUCUGUGUUCAGCUUCUCAAAGAACUUGCUGAACCCCGAUCUGCACAUUGUCCUCCUGCCCUCUCUCUUACUUUCUUUCUUUUUGGACGUGACAUGAAGGCCCUCUGUGAGACAGAAAAUAUGAUCAUCUCCUCAAUUCCCGAGAACGGCCUGACCAGUGUUACUGUCUACUUCGCCGGUGGCGAUCAGAUGGAUCUGGCCAAUGUGGACGCCAGUUCCCUCUCUCAGACCCUCCAGCCCAUCUACGACGCCAUGCUCAAGGCCGCUCUGGGCGGUCAGCGACAGUGGAACUUAUUAGUCAACAACGCCGGCAGUCUGGGGAAUAUCCAGAUCCGCUCAGACGAACACACCUCUCCCACCUCCCUUGAGACCUACUACCGCGUCAAUCUCUUU